AUGGCUAUUGUCCUACCAUGUUUCGAUAUUUUCUGCCCCGGUUGCUUCUCUGGCUGGAAACAAGCAUUCGAUUCAAGUCCCGACGCCCAGAUCCCUUGUCCCAGGUGCGAAGGCUGGAUCCACAUGAGAUACUCGACCAUCACACCUGCUGGCUUUGAAGAAUACGUGACCCAACAGGAAAAUGAUCGGCAAACCCGGAAGCUGGGCAAGAAUUUGGGCGAAUACGAAGGACCACACACCAAAACGAUUGCACUAGUCAACCACCUCAAGGAGAGUGUUGAAGACAGCAAGAAGCUCGAAGGCGAGUCUCCUAUCAAGAGUGUCGUGUUCUCUGGAUGGACCUCGCACCUGGACCUCAUUGAGAUCGCCUUGCAGAACAAUGGUCUUCACGGGUAUACCCGACUUGAUGGUACCAUGGGCAUUCCAGCACGCACCAAGGCGCUGGAGGAAUUUGCUAAAAAUGACGAUGUCAAAGUUCUUCUGGCAACCAUUGGUGCCGGUGGUGUGGCUCUGAAUCUAACCUCUGCGUCGCGUGUUUUUAUCAUGGAGCCCCAGUACAACCCAGCUGCCGUUGCUCAAGCGUUUGACCGUGUUCAUCGUCUCGGCCAAACUCGCCCUGUGCAAACCUACCAAUUCAUCAUGAAGGGUAGCAUUGAGGAGAAGAUAAUGGACCUUGCCAAGAAGAAGCAAGAGAUGGCCGAUACGAGUCUGAAUCGUGUGAAGCAAGACAAGCGAGAGACCCAGGAGGAUCGCAUGCGUGAAUACCGCAAUCUUUUCAAAUAG